AUGUCGCAAAGGUGGCUGCUCUUUGUCGCCGCCGCUGCCUCCGCCCGCGCGUGUUCGACCUCGCCCGUUGCCUACUCCGAGGUCGAGGCUGCGGCGGCGCGGCUCGGGUGCCGGCUGUCGGCGCGCGUGACCGGCCCUGCCUACCGCCUCGAGCUCCUGUGGGAGGCGCGGCCCUGCCGCUGCAUGCGCAACCGUGGCGAUCCCCGGCCCGUCGCAGCCGAUGCUUGCCCCGUGCGCCGCUACUCUGGCUACUGGAGCCGCUCGCGCCUCAACCGCGACGGCCGCCGCUACGCCGCCGUGCCGAAGCUCGACCAGCACGGGCUUGGCUUGUUGCUGUCGGUCGGCGUGGCCUGCCUCCUCCUCGAGCGGUGCCCCUUCCGAAACACGCGCGCGCAGCUGCUCGCGAUCUACGACGAGCCGCGCCAGCACGCCACCCUCGUCCGCUACUACCGCCGCCUCGGCUUCGCGGCCCUCCGAGAGGUUGGCGACGGCGCAGGCUCCUUCGGCGACCAGCUCGCUUGGGGCGGCGUCGGCACCCUCAUGGAGACCGACGUCUCCGCCUUUCGCAGACGCUGGGGCGCCUCGGUGCGACGCCUCGGCCGCGCCGCGGACGGCGGCGAGGAGCAGCUCGGCGACGCGGGAGGAGGCGAGGAGGAGACGAGAGCUGCUCGGGUGUAG